AUGGAAUGUGCCCUCGAUAUUUUCAGUGGGGACAUGUGUGUCAGUGAACUGAAAGUCAACAGCAAAGGAAAGGCCAUCAAGGUCCCACACACCAUGAACAAAGCCUUGGGCAAGCCCAGUAGCGCUCUCAAGGCGUUUUCAGACACGAACUACAGUGAGGUGACCAGGGGAUACAUGAAGUCUAUCAACCACCUCCGAGAGUCGGUCAUCUGGGAUGUCUGGGAGCGCACCAAGGACAUUGCUGUGAAGAGGCAUGGUGCGCCCACCACUCUCAACAGCGAGGAUUCCGACGAUGAGCGUGCACUCAUCUACAACAACUGGUAG